AUGGGUGCUGCAGGGGGUGUCUUUCUACGAUUUUGCGGCCUCGUGCUUCGAGUGCUCCAGUUUCUCGAUGCUGCUGUUAUUCUCGGCAUAUUCUCAUACUACCUUGCCAUUCUUUCCAAACAUGAUCAAACGAUCGAUACUUGGUUAAAGGCCGUUGAAGGUCUUUCUGGCGCCGCUACUUUAUAUGGCCUGCUCGGUCUAGUUUUUGUCUGCUGCCUCGGUGGUGUAGCGUUCUUCGCCUUCAUCGGCGUUGUCUUCGAUGUUCUCUUCACCGGUGCCAUGGUAGCGAUCGCAAUUUUAACUCGCCGCGGUACAGACACCUGCACCGGUACAGUGAACACUCCUAUCGGCAAUGGCAAUGCCAAUGACGAGAGCCCAUCGAAGUUGACUUACGGUAUGGCCUGUAAGUUGGAGAAGGUCGUAUUUGCCGUCUCCGUGAUCGGAGUUUUCCUCUUCUUGAUCUCCAUCCUCUUCCAGGUCCUCUUAGCCCGCCACCACAAGCGCGAGAAGCGGUUCGGUCCCUCCCCUGCCAACAACUACACUUCCGGUAGCCGCAAGUGGUUCUGGAACCGCACCAAGAACAACCCCGAGAAGAACGGUGACAACACUCUGCCAGGUCACCCCACCCCAGCCGAUGUCGAGUUCGAAGCUCAGCCACAGGCUGAGAAGGGCUGGUUUGGAGGCUGGCGACGCAACAAGAAUACCGCAACUACUACCCCGGCUGCUACUGGUGCACAGAACGGGUAUGGAUAUGGUAACUCUGCCUACACAGGCAACUAUUAA